AUGGAGAAACAUGAGGAAUCGGUCACCGAGGUGACGGAUCCCAAAGAACCUGGCUUUAGUACUGAAGGUCUACAAGAUCAUACCACAGCAUUUAACUUAUCGCUCCGAGCCGUCAAUCCAGUGGAUGUGUGUGUGAACGACUUGUCGUUGGAGGUCGACACGACGCCUCCGAUAUGGGAAACGCCCCCAUCGCAACUAUGGCAGCGACUACGUGGACAAAAGUCGGAUUUCCAGACCCGCAAGACGGUCCUCGAUGGCGUCAGCGCGGCCAUGCCCAGUGGCAGUCUAACAGCCAUCAUCGGGAGCAGCGGGUCCGGAAAGACGUCGCUGCUCAACCUCAUGGCUGGCCGGAUGAGCUUGACCAAGGCCCAGUUGUCAGGGACAACAACCUUCAAUGGCGUUGCGGGCUCUGAGCACAUUCGCACCGCGUACGUCAUGCAGGAGGAUGUACUGAUCCCUACGCUGACGGUUCGCGAGACUCUGCGGUACUCUGCGGAUCUGCGACUCCCGCCGCCGGCGACACAGGCGGAGCGCCGCGAAAUCGUCGAGCAGGUGAUCUUGGAGCUAGGGUUGAAGGAAUGUGCUGAUACACGCAUCGGGACGAGUACGCACAAGGGUUGCAGCGGGGGCGAGAAACGACGGGCCAGUAUCGGCGUGCAGAUGCUGGCGAACCCCUCGGUGCUGUAUUGCGAUGAGCCCACGACAGGGCUGGAUGCGACGAGUGCAUUCCAGAUUAUUCGCACCCUGAAACGGCUCGCAGAGGAUGGUAGAACUGUUAUUGUCUCGAUCCAUGCCCCUCGCUCCGAGAUAUGGAGUCUGUUUGACAACGUGAUUCUCCUGGCGCGUGGGUCGGUGCUCUACAGUGGGCCGGUACGGGACUCUCUGUCCUACUUUGAGACAUGUGGCCAUGUCCUGCCGCCAUUUGUCAAUCCCGCGGAGUUCCUGAUUGACCUUGCAGCGAUCGACAAUCGGGCGGAAGCGCUUGAGGCAGCAUCAACCGCCAGAGUUGAGCUUCUCAAAGCAGCGUGGAAAUCCAAACGUAGCGAAGAGAAGCAGCCCGGGCAAAAUCCAGACGAAAGAAUGGCCAUCACGCCAGGUCCAGUUGCUCCUAUCAGUACUGCUGUGUCCUUUGGCCAGCAAUUCCGCGUUCUGACUUCUCGCACUUUUACAACCACGAUCCGAGACCCCCUGGGCAUGGCUGGGAGUCUUCUGGAGGCUGUAGGAAUGGCGGUCAUCAACGGCUGGAUCUUUCUGCAGCUCGACGAAAGCCAGGCCGGUAUACGAUCACGGCAGGGUAGUCUGUAUACGGCCAGCAGCCUCAAUGGAUACCUAAUCCUUCUAUAUGAGACCUAUCGGCUGACGAUUGACAUCCGCCUCUUCGAUCGCGAGAGGAACGAGGGAGUGGUGAGCGUACCGGCUUUUCUUCUAAGCAGGCGAGCCGCUCGCCUCCCACUUGAGGAUUUGCCCGUGCCAGUCAUUUUUGCCCUGAUAUACUACUUCAUGGUCGGAUACCGGCUCAGCGUGGGCCAAUUCUUCAUCUUUCUCACCCUGACAAUCCUCACUCACUACAUCGCUGUGACCUUUGCGGCCGUCUCGAUCGGCGUGGCCCGAAGCUUCCCCGGCGCGAGUCUCGUAGGCAACCUCUCCUUUACGCUGCAGUCCUUUGCGUGUGGCUAUUUUGUCCAGUCGAAUCAGAUCCCCGUGUACGUGCGGUGGUUGAAAUGGGUGGCGUAUACAUUCUACAUCUUCGGAGCCCUGUGCGCCAACGAAUUCAUCGGACCUGACGGACCGCCGGAGGGUCAAUUCUAUGAUUGUCCGUUUUCAAAGGAUCCCCUGGAUCCGGCAUGCACGCAGUACACGGGUCGGUAUAUCAUGGAGAAUCUGGGGUUCCCAUCGACCUGGAUCUGGCGGCCGAUUGUGAUUCUUGUGGCAUUUGCUGUUGGUCAUUAUCUGCUAGCUGGCGUGCUUUUGCAGUAUAACCGCUUUGCGAUGGACAUCGCACAGGCGCGGAAAACAGAUAUAGAUCUAUCGUCAGGGAAGGAGAAGACUGCCGAGCGUCGUGUCGAGGAGGCCCGUCCGGUCACCAUCACGCUGGACAAAUAUGCUCUGGAGAUCCGUAAGCGUCAGAUAUUCCAACGGAGGGCGCGAACACUGCCAAUCCUCAAACCGAUCAGUGCGGAUUUCCAGCCCGGCAAGCUGAACGUCAUCAUGGGCCCGUCAGGUAGUGGGAAGACAUCCCUGCUCAACUCGGUUGCGCGGCGACUAAGGGGGUCUUUGGGAACACAGUACCGGUUGCAAGGCGACAUGCUAUAUAACGGGGGCGUCCCCUCGGCAGGCGUGAUCCGCUCGGUAACGUCCUUUGUGACGCAGGACGACGACGCCCUAAUGCCCUCGCUAACGGUGCGCGAAAGCCUUCGAUUCGCCGCGGGCCUACGACUGCCGCAAUGGAUGACGCGGGAGCAGAAGAAUCAACGUGCGGAGGAGAUUCUCCUCAAGAUGGGUUUGAAAGAGUGCGCGGACAACCUGAUCGGCAGCGAGCUGAUCAAGGGCAUUAGCGGGGGCGAAAAGAGACGUGUCACCAUCGCCAUCCAGAUCUUGACAGACCCCAAAGUGCUCCUGCUGGACGAGCCCACCAGCGGGCUGGAUGCGUUCACGGCGACGUCGAUCAUCGAAGUGCUCAAAGCGCUGGCGGCCGAGGGCCGGACCUUGAUCAUGACGAUCCACCAGUCCCGAUCAGAUCUGUUCCAGCACUUCUCGAGCGUUCUGCUCCUGGCUAGAGGCGGGUACCCCGUAUACGCCGGGGAAGGGGAGAAGAUGCUCCCUUACUUCCGAUUACUGGGGUACGAGUGUCCGCAGACCACCAACCCAGCGGACUUUGUUCUGGACCUUAUCACGGUCGACCUGCAGCAGGAGGACCGGGAGGCGCUGACGCGCGAGCGAGUGCAAAAGCUGAUUGCCAGCUGGGACGAUCAGGGACCGGAGCUGGGCCGCCGCCCGUCGCAGAUCGCGACGCCAGCGGAACUGGGCAGCCUGAAGCGGCAGAUGCUUCCGUUUCGCAUCACGUAUCCGCUGGUGCUGCAUCGGGCGGCAAUCAACUUCUGGCGCCAGCCGCCGCUGGUGAUGGCGCGGUCGAUGCAGGUGGUGGGGAUCGCGAUCAUCAUGGCGCUGUUCUUUGCGCCGCUGAAGAACGACUAUGCAGCGGUGCAGUCGCGCAUGGGAUUUAUCCAGGAAUUUGCCGCGCUGUACUUUGUUGGAAUGCUACAAAACAUCGCCAUCUACCCGAACGAACGGGACGUGUUCUACCGCGAAGAAGCGGACAACUGCUACUCCGCGGAGACAUUCAUCCUGCAGUACACUACGCUGGAGGUGCCGUUUGAAGCCAUCUCGUCUCUCAUUUUCGGGGUGCUCGCGGCGUACGCGGACAACCUGGACCGCAGCGCCAAGAUGUUCCUGAUCAGCGCGUUCAACUGCUUCUGCAUCAUCAACUGCGGCGAGUCUGUGGGGAUCAUGUUCUGCACGGUCUUCUCACACGUCGGAUUCGCAGUCAACAUCACGUCGAUCCUGCUCUCCAUCUCGACCAUCCUCGGCGGCGUGAUGAGCCUGAACGUCAACGAGGUUCUACAGGCCAUCAACCACCUGUCCCCGAUCAAGUACGCGAUCGCUAACCUGGCGCCGUACGCGCUCCACGGGCAGGAGUUCACGUGCACGGCGGCGCAGCGGCUCGCGGACGGUACCUGUCCAAUCCAGAACGGGCAGCAGGUCCUGCAACUCUAUAAUCUGGACAAGAACGCGGCGAUGAAUGUGAUGGCGCUCGGGGUAUGCACCAUCAUCUACCGCGUGGUGGCGUACUUGAUGCUCAAGGUGCUGCGGGAGGGGUUCUGGCGUCGCCUGCGGUGA